UUCUCGUGAGCCUGACGAGCAAGCGUAAGCCGUGCGCCGGUUCGCACCGAGCCGCCGCCCGCUCGGGUCGGGACCGGACACUUCCCCCGAGCACCACACUACACCAUCCCCACCACCGGCGCGGCGGCUCCAGCCGUCCCUUCACCCACUCUCGUCUCCGAGCACGGGAGCUCGACGCGCUCACGGCGGGAGAUGGUGAAGAUAGUGACGUACAACGUGAACGGGUUGCGGCCGCGGGUGGCGCAGCACGGCUCGCUCCGCCGCCUCCUCGACGCCCUCGACGCCGACAUCAUCUGCUUCCAGGAGACCAAAUUGUCGAGGCAGGACCUGUCUGCAGACGUCAUAAUGGCUGAAGGAUAUGAGGCUUUUGUUUCAUGCAAUCGCACAUGGAAAGGGCGUGGGGCAUACUCUGGCGUUGCAACAUUUUGUCGAGUAACAACAGCAUUUUCCAGCCAGGAGGUUGCUUUGCCAGUAGCAGCCGAAGAAGGCUUUACUGGACUACAGGACUACGCCAAAAACAGUGAAAUCCUUGGGGAUUUCGUUCUUGCAAUGCCUGUAGAAGAGGAGGGUCUUGGUGAAAUCACGCGAGAGGACCUGCUAAGUGUGGACAAUGAGGGGCGGUGCAUCAUCACUGAUCACAGACAUUUUGUUCUUUUCAACAUAUAUGGCCCAGCUGUUGAAGAAGAUGAUAAAGAGCGGGUUCGUUUUAAGCUACUAUUUUACAAGAUAUUGCAGAAACGAUGGGAACAUCUAUUGGCUCUUGGAAAGAGAGUUUUUGUUGUUGGUGAUUUGAAUAUUGCUCCUGCUUCUAUAGAUAAGUGUGAUGCGCCGCCUGGUUUCGAGAAGCAAAUGUUCCGAGAAUGGCUGAGAUCUAUGCUGAAAGAACAUGGAGGUCCCUUUUUUGAUGCUUUCAGAUCAAAACACCCUGAAAGGACAGGCGCAUAUACUUGCUUUAAUCAAAAAGUUGGUGCUGAAGAAUACAAUUAUGGUUCUAGAAUAGAUCACAUUCUCAUUUCUGGUGCCUGUCUCCAUCAUUGUUAUUCUGUGGAAGACCAUAGCAUUUAUUAUUGCCAUGUAGAAGAAUGUGAGAUAAUGAAUCACUUCAAAAGAGGGAAUUCUGAAAAAUUGUCAAAGUGGAAAGGAGGAAGGAGUAGUAAGCUAGAAGGAUCUGAUCAUAUUCCAGUUUAUAUUUUACUGAAAGAAAUACCUGAACUUCCAGUUCAUAAUAUCCCACCAUCAGCUGCAAGAUAUCUUCCAGAGGUCCGUGGACGACAAUCGACUAUUGUAUCAUUCCUCAAGAAAGGGAAAACUUAUGAACCGCAAGAUGCCACAAAUUUAAACUUAUCCGAGGAUAGAGUAGAUGAUAGCUGUUGUAGCGAUGGCUUGGAAAAUAAAACUAUAGCUAAGGAAGAACUGGCAGCUAGUAUAACUGAGUGUUCAAAAGGUGGUAACCUUCCUAGUUUGAUCUGUAAGGGGACAAAUCUUGAUCAAUGGAUAAAUGGUGGUUCAAGUGGUGUCUCCCAUAAUAGCAAGAAAGCUUCAUUUUCUAGCACCAAGUCUGUGCCAAACAAGAAGAUUAAACGCAACUUAUCCUCUCAACCAACAAUCAAGUCAUUUUUUCAACAACCAGGGUCAAAGACAGGAAAUGCCAGUACCAGUACCUUAGUUACUCCAGUGGAAACAGUACAUUAUAUGAAUGAAACUUGUGUUCCAAACGAUGAUAGUCUGCCAGAAAACAUGCAGUGCACAAUUUCAGCUGCCGAAGAUCAGGGUAACACAAAUACAUCCUGUUCACUUUCAACAGACAAGUGUAAUGCUGCAACAUUAGAGUGGCAAAGAAUACAACAAAAAAUGAAGAUGACUCUACCAUGUUGCAAAGGACAUCGUGAACCAUGCAUUCCAAGGUCUGUGAAGAAGGGCUCUAAUAUAGGCCGUUUAUUCUAUGUCUGUGCUCGUGCUCAGGGACCUGCAUCAAAUCCAGAAGCGAAUUGUGGUCACUUUCAAUGGGCACCUGUAAAAUCUAAAGAGAAAUGCCUGUGACAGUUUUUCUUCUUUUGGUUGAAAGAAUUCCUUCAGCACUCAGUGACAUUUUGCUUCCUGUGAGUCUGGUAUAUCACUUGGUCCGAACGUACUGAUGUUCUUGUGGAGAGCGAGAUGAUCUUUUAAUCAGCACUAAUUUAUUUGACAAAACAGGUACAUAUAAUAUAACCCUGUAUUUAGUUGGUUGUAACUUGUGACACUAACAAAAUGUGGCCUUCUGUUGGUUGCCGAACAAUCAAAUGCCACCUCAGAGAUCUCUUCUAAUUGUUUUUGUUUAUCCUGGUUGGUUAGCUUAUCUUUGCAACCAACAUAUGAAAACUCUUAAUAGAAAUGGCUAGUAGUGUAGAAACCCGAUGAAAUCAACUGAAGUUAAUCCUGUAGUAAUAUUUUAUAUUGCAGCUAAUGUGGGCAUUAUAAAACAAAAUCGUUUAAGUAUUGUGGUGUUGUUGCCUAUCUCUUUCUAGAAAUGAAGCGUCAGUUGCACAGGGAGAGCGACAGAUAAGAAGUGUUACUCGGACACGGGUGUGGGUGUCCGAUUCGGCAAACUCUAGAAAAUAGGAUUCGAGGUUCAUCUAAUAUAUAUCAUGCUAGGCUUCCAUGUGCUGGGCAGCUGGCCCAUUCAGCCCGCCUAAAGUAACUUACCCUAAGUCCAUAACCCCCUUCCCAGCACACAUGCAGCUACCGCAGCCGUUGUUUCUUUCCUCGCUGUUCUCUCGCUCCCCUUCCCCAGCAGGCCAGCACAGCUUCGUCGCCGCCAUAGCCGCCAUAGAUGCUUGCUGCCGGCCAUCAUCUCACACGACCGACUAGCAAAAUCGGUAGCCCAUGCUUGCCUCUACUCUUCUCGGACGCCACCUGUCGCCCCAGGCUCGCUCUCCAUCUCCUGAGGCCGGUGGGCACUGGAUCCAGCUGUGGCUGUGACAGCAUAUCUCCACGAACGAGCUAAGUAGCAGCACCUCUCUUCUUGAGUCAGCCCUUUGGAUUCACCGGAGAAGAGUCUAGUGCGAUGUGCGUCGCACUGUGUCCGGUGCGUUUCGACGUAGCAAAAAAAAAAAACAUUCUCUUUCCAACAUUUAUUAAUAAAGAGAGAAGUAUUUAUUCAUUUCUGCCGGGUGGCAUGCCAGUCAUGGCAGGUUUUAUUUCUUUCUUUUUUAAAAGGAUAAGAUAGGGCACAUAAAGAAUUAACACCGUGUGUCUGAUAUAGCCUCUGUCAACAACCAUUUGGGGUGAAUCCAGGUCUACCUUUCCAAUCUGUGAACAUGCUAGGUAAAACAGCCUAAGUCACCAGAGAAAUGGGUUUGAGCGAAAGAGAUUUGACUGACAUUACUCAUAAAAGCACCCAAGCAUGAGAUGCCAGAUACUCUUUGGUAUACACUGCGAUGAUGCCAUAAUGCAACAUGCAUGCUGCACUUAUCAUGGGUCCUUGUGGCCCCAAAUUUGUCACCGUCUCGCCAUAAAAAAAGAGCAUCACUAAGGCCUUUGUUUCUACGGCAAAAAAAAUCUUGCCCGGCCUGACACCACCACCACACCUAACGCCAACUGAAGCAU